ACAGACCGAUCCCACCCAGCAUAUGAUCUGGGCCCCAUGUCAGCUGGAGCAGGCAGCACCAGCUCGCCACCGCACUGCUCGCAGCCGGAGCCAUGACCUUAACGAAGGAGAGCUUCCACAGGGCUCUUCCCCUCACCUCUGGAGCGGCCACGGCCGACGUGGAUGGCCCCAGAGAGAAGGAGGAAGCUCCGAGGCAGUCGGUGAUGAGGACUGGAGCAGUGGUGCCCAGGAGGCGAGCGGUGGGAAGGCUGGUCAUGCACAGCAUGGCCAUGUUCGGCCGGGAGUUCUGCUAUGCCGUGGAGGCUGCCUUUGUCACGCCAGUGCUGCUCAGUGUAGGGCUGCCCAAGAACCUCUACAGCCUCGUGUGGCUCAUCAGCCCUAUCCUGGGCUUCGUGCUGCAGCCCGUGGUAGGUUCAGCCAGUGAUCACUGCACCUGUAGCUGGGGCAAGAGGCGACCUUACAUUCUGGGUCUGGGCAUCAUAAUGCUGUUAGGCAUGGCUUUGUACCUCAAUGGGGACGUGAUCAUCUCAGCUUUCAUCGAUGAGAGAGAAAAACAGCGGACGUGGGCAAUAGUCAUUACCAUGCUGGGAGUAGUACUUUUUGAUUUUGCAGCUGAUUUUGUUGAUGGUCCCAUCAAAGCGUAUUUAUUUGAUGUCUGCUCUCAUCAGGAUAAAGAAAAGGGUCUGCAUUACCACGCCCUCUUUACAGGUUUGGGAGGAGCCCUGGGUUACCUUACAGGUGCUAUGGACUGGGGUCAAACGAUACUAGGAUAUACCUUGGCAUCGGAAUUCCAGGUGAUUUUCUUAUUCGCAGCCUUGGUUUUCAUAAUCUGCCUUACCCUACAUCUGUGCAGUAUUCCUGAAGUCCCACUCAGACAGGAAAACGAAGAGGCAAAGUUCUUGUUGGAAGUGACUGAACCCCACAAAUACAACUCCAUAGAGGAGGAAAUUAAGAAUGGUUACUUAAAAUCAACAUGUGCCGAACUGAAGGCAGCAGCCAAGCCAGGGAAAUGCGCGGUUGCGUCACGCACGGAGGUAAAAAGACAGAUGACCCUUAAAUCCCUCUUGAAGACACUUUUAAGCAUGCCAUCGCACUAUCGCUGCCUGUGUGUGAGCCACCUCUUUGGAUGGAUGGCAUUCCUGUCCAACAUGCUCUUCUUCACGGAUUUCAUGGGACAGGUUGUGUACCACGGGAAUCCUUAUGCACCUCACAACUCCACACUUUACCUUACCUACAAAACUGGGGUGGAGAUGGGAUGCUGGGGACUGUGCAUCAAUGCAAUUUCUUCAUCAGUCUAUUCUUACUUGCAGAAAGUCCUUCUGCCAUACAUAGGAUUAAAGGGACUUUAUUUCAUUGGAUACCUACUUUUUGGACUGGGUACUGGAUUAAUUGGCUUGUUUCCCAAUCUCUAUUCCACUCUGGCUCUUUGUUCACUCUUUGGAGUCAUGUCCAGUACUCUGUACACAGUUCCAUUCCACCUCAUUGCAGAGUACCACAGGGAAGAAGAGAGCCUGAAGCUGCAGGAAGGGGAACACGUGGAGGAGCAGGGGCGAGGGAAGGGCAUCGACUGCGCUGCUCUGACCUGCAUGGUCCAGCUGGCCCAGAUCAUUCUUGGCGUGGGCCUGGGGCUCCUGGUCAGCGUUGCUGGCAGCGCUGUCACCGUGAUUUCGGCAUCCACAGUGGCACUCAUCGGCUGCUGCUUCGUGGCUUUCUGCAUUCGCUAUGUGGACUAGGAGUGCAAGGAGCAGUUGGAAGGAAUCUCCCCAGGGGAGCCUUUUCUUUCUGGGUCAGUAGCACUGGUGCUGUUGCUGUGCUGACACUGCUGGCACGUCUUCCUCUCUUACCUCCUUGGAUCGGUUGCAAUUCCAGAGCUUUAUGAAAUGGAGACUUGAUAAAACUGGUUGGCUACUGCCUCAGACACACACACACCCCCACAGUGUGUUCACGUGCUGUGACAUGUGAUGGUGUGUGUGGCAAUGGUAUUUUGAUGCUCCGGGAGUCAUUAAGAAACUCCUCAUUACCAAUUGGUGAAAGUUAAUGGAUGAAGAAUGUGAUAAAUUGAAGUGAUAUAAAAGGACAGAGUUAGGAAGAAAGCUUUUAUUUAUCUUGUUUUUCAAGUGUCUUAAGCUGGGGGCUGUUCCCUCCAGUAGUCAAAAGCUGCAGGGUAUUCAAACAGGUAUCAGAGGCCAUCCAGGGUACAGUUCUGUUAUUAGUGGCACUGCUAAAUGGGAUCAGUUAAUUACCAGCUGCUGUCAAAAGCAGCUUUGAGUGUGAAAAAUGACUGGAAUAUAAAAAAGAUUGAAGCCUAUUGUGUAAAAGCAUUACUAUAAAGUAAUUAUUUUGUACUGGAUCCUGCUGCUUUUGUAUAAAUGAAGUGAAAGUACUGGCUGAGCUUGUCAGGAAAGUCUGUCUAAGGCUGCUUUGCAAAUCCAUGUGUAGGUACCUAAAAAUAUGUCUGUGGAAAACAGUUACCAUUUCUUCCUUUAAAAAGUGGCCUCUUAGUUCUGAUGCUGUAAUUGAAAAAAUUAACUUGGCCAACAUAAGAAUUUGACAGCUGGUUGACUACAGAAAUUUUGACAUUGGAUAUGACAGCAUUUACCUUAAAGUAGCAUCCCUCUUUUCUCUGUUUUCCUUCAUGCUUUGACUGGAAUGGCAUUUGCUCUCUACAGAAUAUUGUAAAUAAAUUCAGUUCUGCAAAGCACUAUCAGGAAUUAUUGUACAGUAAAUAUAUAAGCCCAGUUAUUUGUAUUUAAUUGCAUAUGAAGCUUCAUUCUUAUUUUUAUAAUACUGCCAGAGUUUUGAAAACAUGUUUGUAAAAGCAAUAUACUAUAUUUAUACUGUGCUUCCUCUGUCCUGAAAACUGUCAUAUCCAUCCACUGUGUUAUAUGUUAAGCCACAUGAAGCCAUCUGCUAAUGCAAUAUCAUUAAUGAACAUUGAGAGACUAUGGGCAAGUAUGGUAUUUAUGGUUGUUUUUGUCCUUAAUGUUGCACGUGUAUCAUCAACACUGUUCAGAGAAAUGCAAUGUUGACCUUAUCAGCUCUUAGAAGCUCUGCAAGACAUGAACUGACAACUCCAAAAAUAAAGGGUUACAUUUGAGCAUCAAGUGCCUCUGCAGAGAUGCAUCAGCUUCAUCCUUUUUCUAUGUUUUCAAGAGCAGAGUGAGUCACAUAUUCUCAGGAAAACCAAUUUUCCCUUAGGUCAAGUCUUAUUAAUUUUAACAAGCAUGUGGGAGCCUCAGAUGAAGAACCUUUUCUUGAUAAUGACUGUGUCUCCACUGUAGUCCCCAAAAGGGGCUCAGUGCAUGGCAAAUCUCAUCACAGUAUCUGCAUCCUGCCUUUUCAAGAAACCACAUUUUAUGAGUUUUUUGGUUUGUGGCUCUUCAUUUCACACUGAUGAAAGAGAAAACCUGGGAAGACGGAGCCUCUGGACUGUGCUUGAAACAGUUGGCAGGCACUGAGACAGUUGAAGCACAACAGCCUCAACCGGGACAAAUAGGAAGAAGCCAGAAAAUGAAGGAUUGUUGUCUUCCCAAUUAGCUUUAUGCCAUCAUUAUCUCACUAACUUCCUCCGUAUCUCCUGGAAGGAUGAGUUUCCAAGGGAAGAGCAAGGCAUCUAUGGAGCCAUAAAAACAGAUAAAGGAGGAGGUGACCUGGUUUUAUAGGACUGCACCAUGUAAACCUAUGCACCAGGACUGAGGUCAUAAAGCUCUGAUUCCACUGUGAGGCUGCAAAAGAAUGUUUACCUAUGUCUUUGUCAAUAUAUUCUUUGAGGUUUAACACCAUUAGAACAUUAACAUUUAAAUGGUCAAUGUUAUCCCUGCUCUGUUACACAAAGAGGACGCUGGCACUGAUUCAGGCCCUCAAAGGGACCACAGAUCUGUGGCAAUGUGAGAAGGCUUCUGAACCUGGAGAGUGAAGACAGAAAAGCCCAACAUGUAUAUCAGUGCUUUUAUUUAAAAAUUCAUUCAGAGGAAAUAGUUUCAGGGACUCAUAUUAUUAUUUUUUUAUGAUCUCAUGAUCUUUCCCUUUAAAACCCACUGGGUGCUAUAGAAGACAGAAACAUUUAAGUCAUCUUUUCUCUGGAAAUCACCAUAAAAAAGCAUCCUAUAUUAUUUCCAGGACUUCAAAACAGUAUCUUAUGAGUCCUUGUUAGACAUAGCAAACUGACAAAAAAGUAUAUACAAUUUGGAAAACAGUGUCUAACCAAAAAAACCAAGUAUGAUGGUGCUCAUUCUGAAGUUUAAAAUGUAUCUCAAGUGUUACUGAAAACAAUAUAAAUUGUUACUAACUCAUAAAA